AAAGGCAGAACCUCUCCAGAUGUCCAAUAAUGACCCCAUCAUAAUCCCAAUGACACAAAGAAGCACCAGUGUCCCUCUUGGAAUGAGCAGCAGUGACUUGAAGACAAGUACUGAAGGGGCUGUGUUAAGUUUUCGUAACCUCAGCUAUCGAAAAAUAUGGCAAACUGGCUUUCCACUUCGACGAAAAACAUUUGAGAAAGAAAUUCUGUCAAAUGUCAAUGGGCUCAUGAAACCUGGUCUCAAUGCCAUUAUGGGACCUGAAGAUGGAAGCAGGUCCUUGCUGUUAGAUGUCUUAGCGGCAAGGAAAGAUCCACAUGGAUUAUCAGGAGCAAUUUUGAUAAAUGGAGCACCUCAACCUGCCAAUUUCAGAUGUAAUUCUGGUUAUGUGCCACAAAUUGACAUGGUGAUGGGCACAGUGACCAUGAGAGAAAAUGUAGAGUUCUCAGCGGCUCUUCGACUACCAAUGACUGUAACAAGUGAUGAAAGAAGAAGGAGAAUUAAUGAAGUCCUUAAACUGUUGGGUCUGGAUAAAGUGGAAAAUUCCAAGCCUAUUUCAAAAGAAGACAGAAAAAGGACUGCUAUAGCAAUGGAGCUGAUCACUGACCAUCGCAUCUUGUUCCUGGAUGAGCCCACGACUGGUUUAGACUCCAGCACCGCACAUGAUGUUAUUUUGCUCUUGCAAUGGAUGUCUAGGCAGGGAAGAACAAUCAUCUUCUCCAUUAAUCAGCCUCAGUAUUCCAUCUUCAGACGUUUUGAUAGCCUCACCUUAGUGGCCAAAGGAAAAGUCCUGUUUCAUGGGCCUGCACAGGACGCUUUGGAGUACUUCAAAUUAGCAG